AUGAAGGUUUCCCAGAUCCUCGCCAUUGUGGCAUUUGUCACCAGUGUUGCAGCUGCUCCAGUUUCAGUCGAAGCAAGAGAUGUUUUGCAAGCUCGAGAGCCAACCAAGCUCAAGGUUGACCGCAACGCUGAGCCAGAACCCACAAAGCUCAAGGUUGACCGUCGCACCAAGCUCAAGGUCGACAGAAACGCUGAGCCGGAACCUACGAAACUUAAGGUAGACAGAAACGCUGAGCCAGAGCCUACAAAACUCAAGGUCGAUAGAAACGCUGAAGCCGAGCCAACAAAGCUUAAGGUCGACCGUCGUACCAAGCUUAAGGUAGAUAGAAAUGCUGAGCCAGAACCCACCAAGCUCAAGGUCGACAGAAACGCUGAACCAGAACCCACUAAGCUCAAGGUUGACCGUAAUGCUGAGGCAGAGCCCACCAAACUCAAGGUCGAUCGCAAUGCCGAGGCAGAACCCACCAAGCUCAAGGUCGACAGAAAUGCUGAACCAAAGCCCACCAAACUCAAGGUUGACCGCAAUGCUGAGGCAGAACCCACCAAGCUCAAGGUGGAUUAG